AUGGGACCUUCCACUGCACAGGCCGAGGUACUGAGGAGAGUUAGGUUCGCGCAGAACAGAAGUGCAUAUAAUACUGUUAAUUGCACAACGGCGUCGUCCAAUAAGGGAAAUGUAUAUCUAGUGGAACCUUACGAUAGUAUCAAGGGCACGAGACAGCUUGAAUUUAUAAAAAAGGCAUUUGCUUCCAGAAGGAAUUCAAAGAAAGGACCCUUCCAGAAACUCUUCGCUCCUCAUGUGUAUUCAAAUCUCUUUGGAGACCCUAGUUAUUACUCCAAUAAUGAGCUACACAAUACCUGUAUUGCUGCAACUGAGAUGCAGCUUGUUGAUCGUCAUUUUUGGUGGCAAAUAGCUGGUAAACUGAGGAAAGUGAGAGAUGUUAUGGAGAUUAAAGCAUUGCUUCAAUGCAUGGAAUGCUUGGUUAGAGUAAAAUAUUAUGAUCGAGACCUCUUGCGUCUGUUGUCUAGGGAAUUCACCGACGAUAUGCAUAAACUAGACCUAAUGGAAAUCGCAAAAGUCUUACAGUGCUACGCUCGCAUGAAUGUCUAUUCGCCAGAUCUCGUGAAUGCUGCUGGUUAUGUUACAACAUCAUACCUAAUGGACUGUAUUAAAAGAGAUGUUCCAUUUGACCAGCUCCGCAGCAGUGAUAACGAUGAUAAUCAGAAGCUCUCCAGUUCAUUGCCAACUACGUUGGGCAUCCUCGCCAAGUGUUUCCGUAUGUUCCGUUAUAAAAACAGAGAUCUGUACUUAUCCAUCGCAUAUAUGGGUGUGAAGCAUUGGAAUGACCAGAAUGUCGAUAGCAGCUGCGCGCUAUUUGCUUACCUUGAUCCAAAGGACUUUAGUUUGGAUUUAGCGGUAGGAGUAGAUGACGCAUAUGCAAAGAAUGCGCGAGAUGUAGAGACGAAUACAGUGCUUGCGCUGGUAAAGCAACUGGAACAUAUCCCAGACAACUUUGCCAUGAGAUAUACCAACAGCAUAACGGACGAGGUGGAUAUUACCUGUAUAUUACCCCCUAAUACUGGGCCAAAUGCCACGGGUUACGUGAAAGCAGCCUAUGAUUUUUGUGCUGCAGUUCGGCUGCUGAAAAUUAUGGUCAAGGCCUUGUCAAGGCUAGCCAACAUUGUUACCGACGGUUACAACCUAACGGGAGUGAAUGUUAACAGCAUCUUUGACUCCAUGAUGGAGAAGAUAGGUACGAUAGCGAAAAGGCUGAUGGCAUCAUACGAGACUUUGGAAGUCAGUACAAAAACCCUGUACAGUGGUUUCACGGGGUCAGUAUCGGGUGGAAAUGAAGUACACAAUAUGAUUCGUAACACUACAAUGUUUUGCCCAUAUAUAACAGCAUCGCGACAUAUGAUAAUAGAUUCAAUGCUACAUGCUGUUUGCGCCGUCAACUCCACAAUGCGCCUAAGGAUAUUAAAUCGUACAUCGCAAGCAGGUAUGGACAACUCAACGGAUAUCUUUAAUCUGAUAGUUGAAGACAGUAAUGUGAGUUCAAGGCUGUACGCUUACGCCAGUGGAGUUCAACUGUCGUUGGAUGAGUCCAGGAUCCUGGCUGGUUUUCUAGAAGCUGUUAAACUGCAUGGCUGCGCUCUGCAAUCGGCUGGAUUGGUUGCAACUGCCAUUGAAACGCUAGCCGUGGUUUCAUGCAUGGACUCUCAAGUUACAAACAUGCAACUUGAGGACAUACAAACGGUAAGUGAUCAACUUGCACUUGAAGCAAUGAAGAACUUGGUUAGUUUCAGUUUGGAAGACCGAUGCAGGAUGCUAUCAGCACUGCGUAAUGGAAUGCUGAAACCGAAUCCAUACCUGGAGCAUGGUAUUGUCAAGACUACCAAGCUCAUACGUAAGAAGCGGCGUCAUGAGAUUGUUGCAGAGCAUCCUUUUUGCAACCUCUUAAAGGAGGUAGCAGUGCCCGAGCAAUAUGCAGCUGCGUCACAAGAAACGAGUGCAAUAACCGAUGUUAAAUAG